GGUACUGAAUGCAUCAUAUCAGUAUCUUUAAAGUGUAGCAUUUUUCCCAGUCCGGGAAUACAGAUGCCAGUGGCUUUUAUGGCCAUUGAGGAAACAUGUAUGAUUUCUCCCUGGUCAGGAAGCAACUUACUGGAAGUCCCCCUUCUUCCUCUGAGUGGCUGGGUGUGAGGGACAUAGCAGAUCGGCUGUACAUUCUUGAGUGUUUAGAGGAGCUUCUGGAGCUACAGGAGACCCAGGACCUUCCAGAACUCCAGAAUGAGCCAGUUGCUGUGACCCACGAACCAUCAGAGCACAGCAAGACAGGGAACAUUGAACGUGGCAGAAGUUCUUCAUUCCACGAAGUCCGCGGCCUGCGGGAGAUUGACAUGAGGGCCGCGGAGGAUGGAUCCAGCAGCAGCAGUAGUGGCAGCAACACUGUCUUACAGCGCCUCCUACAGGAGCAGCUCCGCUAUGGCAAUCCCGGGGAGAGUAGAAACUACCUUGCUCUGCAGCAGCAACAGCAGCAGCAACAGCAGGGCCCAGUGAGUGGAGUGUCCUACGGGACAGCUGGUAACCAAGGCGAAGACCACUCCAUGGUCCCUCACAUCGCCCGGCAGGAGCCUCAGGGCCAGGAGCUGCAGGCCGACAGUGGAAUGGAGAAGCAGCUGGCCUCGUCGGGGAGAGGUGGAGGUGGAGGCGGAGGAGGACAGGGGCCCAGCGCUGAGGAGCUGCCCACCUAUGAGGAAGCCAAAGUUCAGUCUCAGUAUUUCAGAGGUCAGCAGCAGAUACCACCCACAGUGGGAGCGGCCUUUUACGUGACUGGGGUGACCAAUCAGAAGGUGCGGACUGAGGGGCGGCCAACAGUGCAGCGAGUCAGCGGUGGCAAGGUGCACCAAGACGAGGGCCUGAAGGACCUGAAGCAGGGCCACGUGCGCUCCCUCAGUGAGCGCCUUAUGCAGCUGUCCCUGGCAACCAGUGGAGUCAAAGCCCAUGCUCCUGUGACGAGUGCCCCCCUCUCCCCACAGCCUCCUCCUGGGCCCCCAGGGGACUUCUACAAACCAAACAUCCAGCACAGGGGCCCACCACCAGACUACCCCUUCAAGAACAUGGUUUCCCCCCCCAAGAUGCAGGAGCCAGGUCACUACUUCCCUGACCACCGGACAAGCCAGCAAGGCAGGGCUGAUGUGCCCCAUGUCCGGUAUCAGCCUCCACCUGACUAUGGAGCUGUCAGACAAACCCAGGAGAACUCUGGUCAUUCUCAGAGACCUGUCCACCACCACAGCCCCACAUCUUCCAUGACCUCUGUGGGCUCCAUCUCUCUGGCCCAGUCCUCCACCCACAGUAGCAUGAUGGGGUCUCCUUACCCCCCCUCUCAGCACCUUCACUCAGGGGAGCCUUUCCCACUUGGCCCUCGAAGCCCCCAUGGACCCGGUUCCCACCAGGGGGACCCCUUCAGCCUGGCCUCGCUCCCUCCUCAUACUCUGCGCGGGCCGCCUUACCAUGUAGGAGACCCCUACAUGUCAUCUCCAAGGUCCCAGCAGCACCUCCAUCAUAGCCACUCCUUUCAAGGGGACCCCUACGCCAUGGUUUCCCGGGCUCAGCAGAUGGUGGAAAUGCUCUCGGAUGAAAAUCGAAUGCUGAAGCAGGAGCUGGAAAUGUGCUGUGAAAAAGUGGCCAAACUGCAGAAGCUGGAGACAGAGAUCCAGCGUGUAUCGGAGGCCUAUGAGAAUCUGGCCAAAUCCUCCUCCAAGAGAGAGGCUCUGGAGAAGACCAUGAGGAACAAACUGGAACUGGAGAUUCGCCGAUUACACGACUUCAACAGAGACUUAAGAGAGCGCAUGGAAUCUGCCAACAAACAGCUGUCUGCAAAAGAGUAUGAGGGAUCAGAAGACAACCGUAAGACCAUCUCCCAGCUGCUUGCUCAGAACAAGGAGACCUUGAGGGAGAAGGAAAAGCUAGAGAUCGAACUGAAUGCCCUGCGCUCCACCAAUGAAGACCAGCGAAGGCACAUUGAAAUCCGGGACCAGGCUCUGAACAAUGCGCAGGCCAAGGUGGUGAAGCUGGAGGAGGAACUGAAGAAGAAGCAGGUGUAUGUGGAGAAGGUGGAACGCAUGCAGCAGGCCUUGGCUCAGCUGCAGGCUGCCUGCGAGAAGAGGGAGCAGCUAGAACAUCGCCUUCGGACCCGGCUAGAAAGGGAACUGGAGUCACUGCGCAUGCAACAGCGGCAAGGAAGCUCUCAGAACAGUAACACUUCGGAAUACAAUGCCACAGCACUGAUGGAGCACCUGCGGGAGAAGGAAGAGAGGAUUUUGGCCCUGGAGGCCGACAUGACCAAGUGGGAGCAGAAGUAUCUAGAGGAGAGCGUCAUGAGGCAGUUUGCUCUGGACGCUGCUGCCUCAGCUGCCACUCAGAGGGACACCAAUUCUGGGAUCAGCCACUCCCCCUCCUGCAGUUACGACACCUCUGUGGAGGCCCGGAUCCAGAAGGAAGAGGAAGAGAUUCUUAUGGCAAACCGGAGAUGCCUGGAUAUGGAAAGCAGGAUCAAGAACCUCCAUGCCCAGAUCAUUGAGAAAGAUGCCAUGAUAAAAGUUCUUCAACAACGGUCACGGAAGGAGCCCAACAAAUCGGAGACAGCCUCUGCUAUGAGACCAUCCAAAUCGCUGAUGUCCAUCGCCAACACCGGAGGCCCUGGUUUGCUUUCCCACUCUCUAACUCUCAGCAGCAGCCCCAUUACUGAGGAGAAGAAGGAUGACAGGAGCUGGAAAGGGAGUCUAGGUGUGCUGCUCGGACCAGAGUUCCGGACUGAAUCCUUGCGGAAUGAAUCCAUCUCCUCCUCACCCUCUCCUGUGCUCCCCUCUACCCCCAUGAUGUCUGGGCACUCCAAGACAGGCAGUCGAGACAGUAGCACCCAGACAGACAAAGGCAAUGAGAGCAGCAAACCCACAACCCCUGCUCUGCCCACAACCCCCGCUCUGCCAGCAGUCCAGCCCAGAUUGACAAGCCCAAGCCCAGUCUACAUUCCAGACAGGAUAGCAGAGAUGCCAGUGUUCCACAGCAGCACUUUGGAGAGAAGAGCCCCAGUCCAGUCUCCCACACAGGAUGUGGACAGUGAGAUGGUGGAAAUUCUCAUUUAAACAUGGAAUUGGCUAUAUUCAAGACCUUAAUUCUCAACUUGGCCAAGGAGGACUUCUUACAUUACAAAAGCUAAUGUUUGUACAGUAAACAGAUGAAUAGUUCAAAACAGGUGAAGGAUUUUCUUGAUGGGUUAUGUCAGAAUGAGGAUAAGCUUGAAUGCACUACUUAUAAGCAUUGUUUUCAUUAAGAAUCCGUGUAUAGUGAGUUAACAAACAUUAGAUAUGCAUUAGUAUACUGUAUUGUACAGUAUUGUUUCGGGUAUUUAUUACCCCCAUUGGACCAAAUUUGUCUGCUACCUUUUUUCAUCUUUUGCACUACUUUGUAUGUAUUAACAUGUAUUUUCUCCAAACAUUAGUAGCUUUAGUAGCAUUCUAUUUAUAAGCAGGUUUUAUUUACAAUUAUUUCACAAGGCACUUGGGUAGCAAACAUGACUUUUAUAGAUAAAAUACUUUUGUAGGAAAAAUAUUAAACCUGUAAAUACUGUACAAUGAUACCGUAGGGCAGGUCUAGUGCCUUGAGUCAUUUUUUCAUACAUACCAUAUUGAUAUUGACAAAUUAAUACUGUCUUUAAGUGAAUAGAAUUGAAAUAUAGUCAACACAAGAAACUGCCUGCUCUGGACCAUACAGUAAAUGAUCAAUCAGUAUGUGUGCUUUUAUCGGAUAAUUGGAAGAUUUCUGUGAUUGUGGUGUUUGUUUAGAGAUCCCACUGGCUUGGGAUCAAUCUUGGUGUUUCAUAAAUAGAAUAUAGCAAGGGUUAUUUGGGAAGGAGGGGAGUUGCAUAACUUGAGCAUAAAAACAUAUUGAUCUAAUGAAUGUGGUAAACAGACUUUUAAACUUCUAAAGCAUUCCAUAAAAAUGUGUGACGAUUUCAAGAUAAAAGGAUUUUCUUAAGAUAAAUCAGUUAAGUCUUUACAGUUUGCAGCCCAAAUUACUAUAUUUUAAUAUUAUCAAUAUCUAUUAACUGUUUCUAAGGCCACAUUUUCUAAGUAAUAAGCAAAAGACUUGUGGUCUGGUUAGAAAUGUGUAAAAGUAGGAGAAUGUUAACUCCUCUCACAUUCUAGGGGACAAAAAGCAUUUCAAAUGCAAGUGUGUCACUGCCAUGAUUUUGUAAUGGAUAGAACAGUAUUAAGAAUUCAAACAAUUUCAGAAUUACAGACUUUUAAAAUAAUAUGUAAUCUAUCCCACGCUCAAACACUGUGAUGACUUUGUCUUCUGCAACUUUGCAUGUUAAAAUAGUUUUUGUUCUAAUGCACAAAGAAGACUUCAGAUAUGAAGUAAAAGUGUUAUGUUUUUAUCAUAAUAUUUAGGCUGAUGCUUCCUGUCUGUUAUGACUGUAAUGUGUUACAACUACCAAAUGUGUUAGUCUAUGGUCAAAUACUUCCUAUGCCUCUGAAAAGCUACCACAUAUUUAAGUCCAGUAUUAAAAUCUUAUUCUAGUUUGCUAUAAACAGAAUCUAGAGCAGAGUGUCGACUGACUGUUCUGCGUUGUUUAAAACAUGGCAUAUAUCCAGUCCUUCUUAUGAAAGUGGUACUUGUACUUCCAUUUUUUUAUGCUCAAGAGAAGUACCAUAUGAAAAUGCAUUAGCAUUCUUCUCUUAGAAUGUGAAAAGAGAAAUGUUGCUUGAGUUCAAGUAGAAUCUUGUUUUUGAGUGUUUUAGAGGCUGUUUUUUUCAUCAAAAUAUAACCUCAUGUGACAGUUGAUACAAUAUAUGAAUUACGUUACACACAUUUCAGUCUGAGACACUUCUAGUGGCUUUAGAGUAAGUCCACCUCUUACAAAUCCCCUGUGAUUGUCUUUUCUUUUUGGGUAGCUAAAACAUGUACUUCCUCUAUACUUCAUUUUGUGUCUGAAGAAUUUUAACUGUUCUUUCAUUUUAAAAAAUACAGUGUACUGUAAAUAGCAUACUUAGCAGGAAUGUAUUGUCCUGUAAGUAAAUGGAGGUGUGCUAUUUUCUUAUAGUGGUCAUUUCUCUUGUAGAUAUUAUACAUUAUUUGAUAUACUUUUUUAACAGUGUUUAAUGUCUGAUUAACAAUGUACAGUUCAUUGUUCAUCACACAAAAGUGAAUUGCAUAUGAUGAACAAGAUAAUAGAAAUCUGAGAUAAGGCCACCCUUACGGACUCUGCUUCAAUAGUGGUUUAAGCAGAAGUGUUUUUGCAGAUCUUUUACUGCAAUAAAAUGAUCAUUGAACACACAUUGCCAAUUUCAAGCCUAAGCAGUUGAGGUUUCAUAUAAGGCUUUCAAGGAUAGAACUAGAGGUGAGAAAAAAAUGGUUUUCAGUUUAUUUACAAUAUGUCAAAUUGGGUUUUACUUUUUAAGAUCCCUGUUUGUAAUGGUUUUAUAUUCACCUUAUGUUUAAGAGACAUUAGAUUGAACACUGUUGAUAAAGAAAAUAGAUGGAGAUUUUGUGAUCAAAUCAAUCUAAAUAGUAAUUAUGGCUAUAAAUUGAAAUGUGGUGCUCUAGAGAUUUGCGUGUUUAAACAAACUAUAUGAAUAUAGUUACAGACUCAGAAGAGUAGCUCAACACUAUAAACAUAAAUCUUCAUUCAUCUUAAAGAUUGAUCCCUCUUUGUCAGAAAGCUCCAACACCUAUUAUCAGAACUGGAAACUGUGAAGCACGUGAAGUGUUAUUCAACAGGCAGCAGACCUUGUAAGAUACAAUUUAAUUUUUAAUUGGUUAAUUUAGUUCCACAAAAAUGGAAAGGCCUUAAAGGGUGGUUAAGUAAAGCACAGUAAGAACUCAAGAGAGUAUUUGAAACUGAAACUUUUGUGUAUAAUGUAUUUCACUGCCCCAGAGUAGGAACAAGGGCUGCAGUGCAUCUUGUUUCCUGUAUUUCAUUCUGUAAUCUUUGUAUAUACAAAUGAACCAGGUAAGAAUCAGAAAAAUGUUUUUCCAGAGCUUUAAACAAAAUAUCCUGUCUUUGAAGUUAUAGAAAAAAAUGUUCCCAUUAUUACUGCUAUUUAACAUUUAAAUGUAAACAUUUAAAAGCAUUUGAUCAGACCAGCAGAGGUUUUGUUUGGUCUCUCAUUAUUGUAUUUAGCUAACACAGAGAAAUAAAAGGUUUUAUUUCCCAUUUUAAGCAUUGUUAAUUUUGGUGAAAAAAAACGUAGUUUUGCAUUUUCCAAAGUGAACAACAAUAAUGCUGCUUUGUACAAUAUUAGUCAUAAUGUAAUCUGUUCCUUUUAUUGUAUUAGUAUUCUCAGUAGUCAGACCUUAUUUCAUGUUGCAAAACUCAUCUCAAGCAGAUUUCUUAAAAUGGUUGGAUUUUUGUAUUUUUUAUAUUUUUACAGACUGUUUUAAACCUGAAUUUCUGUGUUUGUGUCACAUUAAAUUAUGUUCUUUUUAAUUGUUAAAAAAUAGCAUGGAGUUCUCAAUUGUUUUUUUUUUACUAUUUGGUAUCUUUUCACAAUACUGAUAAAGCUAAACACAUAUUAAAUGGAAAAUGGAUUUCA